UGCUUUUAAGGGUCCUGUAGACGGUCAAAUUUGUUUGUCGAAUUUGUUUGUCAAACUUCAUGUUUUCAUCAAACAAAAGCGCAUACGAUCAAACCAAUAGAUCAAAUAAAUUUGCCCAUAUUUCAGUUUUCUCCUUGACGUUCGUGUGUUGUUAUCAUCUUCUGUCGUAUAUAACAAUGAGUGAUAAUACAGAUAAGGCGUUUUUGGCAUUGACACUAGCACUAUGUAUGAAGAAAAAGAAAAAAGGUCGUCGAUGGUCUAGAGAAUGGUUGAAAUUACGGGAUAAAUAUACGCACGAAAAUUUGUUACGGGAAAUAGUGCUCACAGAACCAAAUGACUAUGCAAACUUCCUGCGCAUGGACCAUAAAACAUUUGAAGAUUUAUUAACAUUGCUAAGUCCUUGCAUAGCAAAACAAGAUACCGUUAUGCGUAAAUCUAUACCAGCUUCUCAAAGAUUAUCUAUAACCUUGAGGUACCUGGCUAGUGGCGCCGAUUUUGAAGACCUAAAAUUUCAAGCCUGCAUUGCACCUCGUACACUCAGCGGCAUUAUCAUUGAAACUUGUGAGGCAAUAAAUGAAAAAUUAAGCAAUAUUCAGAUACCCAAAACACAAGAAAGUUGGAAAAUAUUGGCACGACAAUUUGGAAAUUCAUGGAACUUUGAUAAUUGCAUCGGAGCUGUAGACGGAAAGCAUAUCACGUUACAAAAACAAAGAAGUAGAAGAGAUAAUUCCCCCCCUCAAAUUCUACAAGCCAAAAUAUAUCAUCAGUUUCUUCUGAGAAGCAACCUGGGACAAAAUAAAUUGAUAUCCAAUAUGUCAUCCAACAAAUUACUCGACGCAGCGGAAUUGUAUGCCUGA